AUGGUCAGAUCGGAAGUAGAUGUCUUAAACAGGCGAAUUGAGGCUCUCUGCAAAAUGAAGGGGCAUACAUUGAGCAGAGGAUCAAGUGGUAGCGUUCAAGCGACAUACGGCAUGGUUCAACAAUACCUGGGGGAUGGUACCGAACCAAUGCACGCAAGAUUGUGUACUCUACUGCGUACUGUUAAAGCAACGGAGGGCACGAAGGAGCCCUGCAGAUUCGGAAGGCACAUGCGUGAUGUGCUUGGCAAGGACGAGAUCAAAGGCGAUUCCGAUUCAUUUGGUCCAGCAAGCGCGCAAUCUUGGCUCGCCCGUCGCUCCCCCUCUGCCACGUCGAGCGUAGACAUCCAGUCGCUGGCCAAGCGCGUGCGAUACAAGGUCAUGGACCAGAACACCCCGAGCCCGAACCCGAGCGAUCAGGAUGACUCCGACAACACCCCUCGAUCCGAGCUCCCUUCCCUCGCCGUCACUCCGACUCCCGCCCGUGAGGAUGCUCGACACGCUUCCGAGGAUGGUUACUUCGCUCUGAAGCCUACCGUCUCCCGUCCGAACUCGUUGCUAUCUCCUGCAGUUGCCGCUAUCGCUACUCCGGGCAUCCGCCGCACUACCACAUACCCCGACACCCCCGACAGGCCUGUUGUUCAAAGAGACCUCUCACAUGCUUCAGUCGCUAGUGUCGAAAGCAAUCUGAGUACCGUCACCGUGAAGGCAUCCGACUCUGGUCACGAGUCAUCUAGUCAGGCAACCUCCCCUCUCUAUACCCGGCCAAAAUACCCUAAUCAGGCCUUCUCUGCCUUGCAGCAACAACGAUACCCCCCACCGCAUCUGCCUCCGACACUGCGUACCAAGACGCUUCACCCGGCUCAGCCUGAAAACUUCCGUCAAGCAAUACAAGCUCUGCAUAAGACUGGUGCUAAGACCGCUGACAACACUCCUGCUGUGACCCCUGGCUUGUUCACCCCCAAAGCACCCGCUGAGCAAUCAAACUUGGGUCCUGAUGAACAUGGAUUUUAUGCGUCUCCAUUCUUGCACUUCACCCACCGUCAGGCACCCAAGGAAACCCACAUUGCUGAUGUUGAUAUUGAUCCUAUCUCUGGACGAAAGCUCAUCAACAACUACGAAAUCAUUGACGAGCUCGGUAGAGGAACGCAUGGCAAGGUUAAGCUGGGUCGCAAUCUGGCCACAAACGAAUAUGUAGCCAUCAAAAUCGUGGAGCGCUACUCCAAGAAGCGUCGACUUGGCAAGCUGGGCAACGCUGAAGAUAAGGUCAAAAAGGAAGUUGCUAUUUUGAAGAAGGCCCGACAUCCAAAUAUCGUUGCUCUACUCGAGGUCAUUGAUGACCCCGCCCGCAAGAAAGUCUACAUUGUGUUAGAACGUGUCGAGCUUGGUGAAAUUGUAUGGCGCGCGAGUGCUCCCAAGGAAGUUGCUUUGGUUGAGUGUCGUCGCUACAACAGAGAGUCGCGUGGUAUCUUUGACGACGAGGAAGCCGAGGCUGAAGAUCGCGCUAUCCUCGACGAGGCCAAGACACGUCGGCUCAAACAGCAGAGGCGUACUUUGAGAAAGCUACGCCGUCAGAGACUGGCUGGAGGUACCGGACCUGGAGCCUGGAGUUUCGAAUUCGGCGGCGACACCGACGAAGAUGAUUCGGAUGCAGAACAUGCGUCAAGAAUUUCCACUUCGACGACCGAAAAGAGUGCGGAUCAGGUAGGAAUUGAUAGUCGUCAACUAUCAGCCGUGCUUGCACAAUUCUCGAUCGGAGAGAGCGACGGAGCCGAUCCUGGGACCCCCAUCAAUCCGGUCAACCCUCAGGCCUUCUGGCCAGAAGUCAGCCCAGUGAAACUUUUGGAAGGUACCAUGUAUGGUUCUUACGAAGAGGAAGUCGCCGACAAAGAAGCAGCUCGGGCGCCAAGCUUGGCUAGCAGUGUGCGCUCCUUUGGUGCUCAAGACCUCCGUCACCCAGAAGAACGUCGAUAUUGGGAUGCUUCAGGGGCAGAAAUCCUCGAUGCUGACUUCCACCCCGAUCUGCAGUUUGUCCCUUGCAUGUCCAUGAACGCUGCCCGUGUAGCAUUCAGAGACACUGUCUUGGGGCUGCAGUAUCUGCAUUGGCAAGGCAUCAUUCACAGGGACAUCAAGCCUCCUAAUCUCCUGCAAACCGCCGAUCACCGAACAAAGAUCUCAGAUUUCGGCGUUUCAUAUCUUGGUCGUCCGAUCAACGACGACCAAGUCCCAGAAAACCUUUCCGAAUCAGACAUGCAGGACUUUGACGAGGCUAAGGAACUCGCAAAGACUGUCGGCACCGCGGCUUUCUACGCUCCUGAAUUAUGUUACACUGAUGGGACUGGUGAUACCCCUCCAGUUGGAGCCGCUAUCGAUGUGUGGGCAUUGGGCAUCACUCUGUUUUGUAUGUUGUUUGGCCGGACACCGUUUGUCGACAACGAAUUUGUUGUCAUGCGACGAAUUGCAGACGAAGAGAUCUACGUGCCUAGGAGGCGUCUGCGGCCUGUUGAUCCUCGUCCUAAAUCCCGUCCGUCUUCUCACGGCCGUUACUUCCCACCCGCUGCUUCGGGCAAGAGAUCAGAGUACGAGUUGGCAUAUGAGGAGUUGGACGAUCUCCUUCUCGACCUGUUCCGCAGGUUGUUACAGAAGGACCCUGCAAAACGCAUCACCCUAGAGGAAGUUCGACACCAUCCCUGGGUAGUACAAGAUAUUUCCAAUAAGACCCUCUGGCUUGAUGAGACGGAUCCAUUCAGACAAUCACACGGUAAGAAGAUCCAAGUCUCCAAAGAGGAACUUCAAGAUGCCGUUGUGCCAGUCAAGCUGGUAGAGAGGAUCCGAUCAGGUGUGAAGAAGACCAUCGGCGGCUUGAUGAGCGGUCUGGGCCGAGCAAGUUCGACAAGGACUAGAACGCCUUCAAUGUCCGGAUCCAAUCCUCUUUCUGCCAGCUCUUCGAGCAGUGCAAUCAGCCAAGAUGGCCGAAGGAAUAGCUUGCGAGGCGACGAGAGUAUAUUCUCGGCUUUAAAAGCUUCUCGUGAGCAUGAGCACCCUUUGGCGCAAAGUGUCACUGUCAGCCCAGAGCAAGCCCCCAAUCGCGACGCCUACUUCUCAAGUGCCAGCACACCAACGGGGGCGACUGAUUACCCAAGUCAGGGGGAUAGGUCAAGAUCAAUCAUGUCUACGACUACUUCUGUUCGGACUAUCAAACCAUCCGACAUGCUCCAACCCCAGAUCACUCCAGAUUCGCCGCCUACAUCUCCAGGACUCGGCUCAUCCUCCUUCGACGCCACUGUAACCAACAUUGGCGGACUUCUGAGUGGUGCCGGUCGAAGAAUACUGAAAAGCGUCAGAGAUCGAAGUACCGCAGGCCGAAGCACUGACGGGCUGGAGAGAUCGGCUAGCAGGGCACCUUCUGAGUCGAGCGACGCUCACGGCGACCCGAGUAUCGCUGUUAGUACUACGCAAGCAUCGGGUCAUCUAGAUCUCCCGGAUGCGCUCAAAGACAUCACUUUAGGAGCGAGCAAUUCCCCGAGUCCCAUAGUGUCAAGAUCACAAUCGAGAGUUCCCCCGGAACGUCGCGACACGGCAAUCAGACCGAGCACAACACUUUCUCGCCAAGUUUCCACCUCCUCGAUCGAAGCACGCCGGCGCUUGGCGGCUGAAUCCACGUGGGAUCCAAACAAUACCGAUCGACUUCCUCACGAGUCAACCGAAGAUGAUUUCCGUAGAGCAGAGGACGAAUGGCUACGACGCAGUACUCGGGAGUCUACGGCAGAGACAAGCAUAAUCUCAAGCCGAGCGGCAACAGAAGUGCCUGAAACAUGUCCGCCGAGUCCGGAUGACGAGUUCGAGCACGACUUUCACAAUGACCACUACGAAGAUGAUGAGGACGACGAUGACGAAGAUGAUGAUGACGACGAGGAUGAGCUGGUAAUUGGCGGGUCAAGAUCUGAUGCACGUCGACGCAGUGCGUACGUGCAGAGAUCUCAGGCCACUAGUCCAACAAGCCAUGCUUCGGGUGCAGUACCGCUCAUGACACCCAGCUCUUCUGAAGAUCGCUUCCCUCCCAAUACACCCAUGUCUUGCUCGAACCCCUCGAUUCCUUCCUUUACCACCGUCGACUCGGAAGUUCCUCAAGAAAAGGCCGCAGAUGAACAAGGUGAGCCUCUUGAUGCCGCAGAAUCACUUUUCACACCCUGUGUGCCUGUACUUGAAGAAGAUGGAUACUCUGGUGACAAUGCCAUUGAGAGUGAUGAUGACGAUUACGAAGACUCAUCUGACGACGAUGGCGGUCUGCAAAUGGUGCGUAGACGAUCUGCACCUUUUACACCUAGCGGUGGCAAGGGACUUGGGGUCAGCUCAUCGUACUUUUCACGUCACCCACGACGAGGCACUGGGUCAUCUGCUUUUUCCAAAAAGUCAUCUCGAAGUGGCAGCAACAAUACCAUGAAAAAGAUACGCAGUCACGACGAUAGCGACUGA